AUGAAAAUAGGGGAGGGGAGAGGUGACGCGAGGGCCGCUGAAAAUGCUUCUGGCGAUGAUGGCGUCGUCGUCGCUGCUUUCCUCCACGUAUCUCCCCCCCGGCGCCACCUCGUUCCACCGGGGGGCCUUCGGGGGGAGGACGCGGGGGUGCCGGCCUUCCGUCGCUCUCUUUCCUCUUCCCUACGUGGGCCGGGAGCGGCGGUGGGGGAUGGCCCCCGUGGCUCCUCGGGCCGACGCCUCCGAGGGUCGUCCUUCCGCGGUCAGUGGUUCCUUCCUCUCUCUCCUCUGCUCAAUUUAUCUCCAUCUCUGGGCGAGGGAAUCUCUGUGGAGAGCUAGCGCCGUGGACGGAGGCGCUGCAGGCUACGGCCGCUGCGAUAUUGAUUUGUGGAUAAUACGAUGGCGAUGUCCUUGUGGAUAAUGCGAUUUCCUUCCUGUCUGCCGGUAGAAAUAUCCUGAAGAAUGCCAGCGUGUCGUAUCCCGUGCUUCUCGAGGGUGUGCUCUGGCAUGUUCGUGGAAUGGAAGAACAUUGGGAACAUUGACGAUUCUACAGGCCAAACGUGGGUCGGCGAGAAAGCGUAGGUUGUGGAAAGGUUUUGCCCGAGCUGGAGACAAUUCUAUGAUUAGGAUACUGAGGGGGAUACGUUCCUGGGGAAGCCCAGCAGCUUAGGGGUGAGAUACGAGCGACUCGCCCCGGUUAGAGAGACAGAAAGGGCUCUUGAAUCUAGACCCCGGACGUGGAUGCCGCUUCCAGACUUCCUCGGGCUUAGGAGAGAGAGCCCACCCUGCAAAAGUUUCUUGGGAAGAGGAAAAAUAGUGAUCAGAACGAAAAGGAGCUUUCUUGAGACUUUUCAAGUCUUCCUGCAGAGAAGUCCCCUCCUUUUGUAGACAUGGAUGAAAUGGUGUAAUCCGACAUACAUCCAUGCAUCUCCCUCUGAUGUGCAUGCUCUCGGCGUCCCUUGUGAAUGGGAGAAUGAGAUUCAGCGUCGCUCGCCGGUUUGCACAGACUGUAUAAAAUUUUGACAUUUUCAAUACUUCCACACGAAUUUAAAAAAAAAUUAAAUCCAACGAGGCAAAGCCACAGAGUAGAAAUAUCAGACAAAAGUUGGCGUAAAGGAUAUGAAGGUUGAGAAAAUGAACGGCUUGCACACGUUCUUUAAUGCCCAGGGUCACCAAGAUUACCAUUAUGUAUGUCCACGGCGCAUUCGAUCUUAUAUGAGCAAGUUGGUGUAUGCCUGAGCAUGAUUUUGAUCAGUUGGAAGAGGGAACUGAAUGUCGAUUAUAACCUUGUGCAGGAGAUUCCUGGGCCUUGCAACAAUCCAUCAGCACCAAACUUAGUGCCACAGCGUGGGAUGCAGAUAUUGGAAAAUAUAAUUGCAGCCUUCCUCGUCUUUGUCCAAAUCUCGAUUCCACUUCCCCUGGCGGGAUUGGACUCGGGGUUUAUUUCUUCAUCAGAGGCUGUUCUUUAUUCACCAGAUACCAAAGUUCCAAGAAAUGGGGAGCUGGCUUUGAGGAGGGCAAUCCCAGCCAAUACAAACAUGAAGGCCAUUCAGGUCAGGCUUUUUCUUUCUUUGGCCCAGCAUCGCCGAGAAUGUCGGUUGUUCUGCUUCUGAUAGAACCAUGGCUCUGUGGUAUCUUUCUUCAGGAGUCUUUGGAGGACAUUUCGUACUUGUUGCGCAUUCCUCAGAGAAAGCCUUUUGGUACAAUGGAGGGCGACGUGAAGAAAGCUUUGAAGGUUCUGUCGACACCUUGUGGCACCUGCUUUGAUCAUUACACCCUUGGUGCUAUGCCUUUUGGUACAACUGAUUUACGCUUCACCUUAUUAAUGCAAGUAAUCUACAUCCCAUGGGUCUACACUAGUCCAGACUUAAACACCCCGAUGCAUAAAUCUUUUCAGCAUUGAUUUUGCAGUUUAAAUCUCCAAGAAUUUGCAGUUUUUACUUCUUUCUGCCUCUUGGAAUUUAUUUUUUUGACACACAUGAUCUCAUCUCCCAACUCAACGCAGCUGUAGACUGCCCAGUGAGAAUGCCUCCAAGAAUUUGACGUCGUUGGCUCUGUUUUUCUGGUUGAAUGAGCAUUGAGAAUACAUAUAUCGUUGAUUGUAACAUGCACCCUAUCGGGGCAUCCGGACUGAAAAAUGAUCUAGGGACCGAAAUUUUUUCCCUAAUCCUUGGCAAACAUUUCCAAUAACUUCCACCGGUCUGUAGGUUCAUGAAUAGCCUCGGAUGUUGGAUGCAUCAUUGCAGAGGACUGCAGAUGUCAUCGUUAGUUUUAGCAUAAACUAUCCAUUCUAUACAUCGGCUCACUGAAAAGAAGCCCACAAUCCAAGGUUUGGAUCAGGUUGACUUUUUAAUAGUGCUCAAGUUUCUCUGCUUAGGAAGCAGAUGGCGCCUGCUUUAGUGUAGACAAAGGUUACACGAAUGUGCAGUACAAACCAUCUUUCAUGAAAAUUGUACGUCCACUUCUUGUAGUCCUUUGUCAUACUGCUAGAUAUCUUGAGUCCCUCGCGCCAAUUAUAUUAUAUUGGUCGAGAUGCUCCUAAUGUACGCCAAACCUAUUCGUUAUUUUUUAGCUUUUCUCGGGUCCAAUUCAUUUUUUUUUUCAGUAUCUCCACUAAAUAGGGAUCAACUAUAAGUUGAAACCUAUUGGCAAUAUCCUAAAAUGACCCUUUUUCUAUAACUAUUUCUGUAAUUUAUUCCAAUGCCCAUGCCCUGACUGGAUCAUUUUCUUCCCAGAUUGCAACAGAUGAAAGGGCAUCCAUCUUGGCCGGUAUACCAGCCGACCUUCAGGAGAAAGGUUCGCUGUUAUAUGCAUCUCUGUUAGAUGGCAAGGUAUGCUAGAUUUCAGAAAUUCGCCACCUGUUAAAUUGUUUCAACAUAGCUUACACAUUAUUGGCUUAAUAAUCAAAGGAUCCAUUAUAUCGUAUUAUCAUCAAUCAAUUGUUUCGGUGGUUCUUGUUCCUUUUCACUGUUUGAAAUUAGGCCGAAGAAGAAGGACAAAAUCUUAAUUGUGUUUAGAUUCUUCAACCGAUCACAGAGAGGGCACCGAUGUACCUUCCAUCCAAACAAAUCUUCUGUUGAUCUAAUUGGGCAAAAUACUUGAGCAAAGCUGUCAAUGAGUGGAACAAUUUCACGGAAGACCAUUUUCCUAAGAUUCCAUGGUUGGCAAGUUUUUACAUAAUCACAUCACUUGUCUGGGGGUGAAUGGGUAGCUGAUAAGUUGUAAAGGCUUACCCUUAUGUUUUUUUUCUCCUAUUAAGUUAUAUUAUAGACUUGAGGAGCUCGCCUGUUAUGCUGGAGCCGCAUGGCCGGCAAUUUUGUUUUCUCAGGCAUUGAAAUAGUUGAUGUAUCGAAUUCAUGGUAUGUUUCGGAUCACAGAACACAUGAGAAACUGACUCUCUCCCUCGAAUCAUGAGAACGAGAACAUGGAAGGGCUCUUAGCAUAGAGUUGUGUAUGUGUAUAUAUAACCGUAAGCUAUCAGGUAUUCACCGCUCAUUACUAAAUGCAAGUUUCUGUGGUUUCAGGGGGGCUUGAAGGACCUGUUACAAUUUGUAAAAGAAAAGGACCCAGAUAAGGUUUCCGUCAGUCUUGCAUCUUCUCUGGACACUGUUGCAGAACUGGAGUUGGUACAGGUAAGUCUUGUUUAGCACGGAGGAUGCUGCCCCCCCCCAUGGCUGGUGGCCUCUUUGACUUAAUUGACAUGCGAGGAGUUUGGCUACCAGUUGGUUAUGUAGCCAUGGUGUUGCCUUCUUGCCAAAGGCAAAGUCGGAACCAUUAUCUCCCAUAGGUUUAUCUGCUGCUUAACCUCACAAGCUUUUUCUUUUAAUCUCCAUGAUUGUGGCAGGCUCCUGGUUUGUCUUUUCUGUUGCCUGAGCAGUAUCUGAGAUACCCCAGGUACGACCUUCUCUUUGGUUUGAUCAUUGUGGGCGUGGAAAGUUUCUACAGGUCGGCUUGAUUUGCAGCCGAUCAUGGUGCUCCCGUGUUCUCAUUCAUUCGAGCAGAUCUUCCUUGCUUGACCGCGCACCGCGGCGUUUUCCAGGCUCACGGGAAGAGGACUCGUCGAGUUCACCUUGGAGAAGGGCAAUGGCUCCACCUUCUUCCCCUCCACCGGCGGCGAACCCAAGAGCACGGCCACAGUCCAGGUUUGUCGGAGCCGUCAUCAUCGCCUCGUGCUCUCCCCGAGGUUCUCAUCUCUUGGAAUGGCGGCGGAUUGACGUGAUCAGUCGUUUUCUGCGUGGGGGAGCCUUUUUACUUUCAGGUGGUCAUCGAUGGGUAUUCCGCGCCGCUGACGGCGGGGAACUUCGCCAAGUUGGUCGUGGACGGCGCCUACGACGGGGUGCGGCUGAAGUGCGCCAGCCAGGCGAUUCUCUCCGACAAUGAGGCCGACGAUGGCCGCGGCUACAGCGUUCCCCUGGAGGUGAUGCCUUCCGGGCAGUUCGAGCCCCUCUACAAGACGAAGCUUAGCAUCCAGGUAACCCACCCACCCACACACCCACCGCAGAGCGGGUCGUUCGUGAUUGAUUGAUUGACCAGAUUGAUCUGAUUUGAUUUGAUUGAUUUGGUGAUGUUCCACCACCCUCUCGCCGGCGGCGUAGGACGGAGAGCUGCCGGUGCUGCCGCUGUCUGUGUACGGGGCGGUGGCGAUGGCGCACAACGCGGACUCGGACGAGUACUCGUCGCCGUCGCAGUUCUUCGUCUACCUCUACGACAAGAGAAACGUAAGAAAAACCGUCGUGCGAACUAAGCUCGCUCUGUGAUUUUCAUGGACCGCAGCGGCAGCGCCACUAAGCUAGGCUCAUCUUCCUCCUCCUGCAGUCGGGCCUGGGAGGGCUGUCCUUUGACGAAGGCCAGUUUUCCGUCUUUGGGUACGGUAUUUCUGAUAUCACCCCUCCAUGGAAACCUCUGUGUGUUAAGCGGGAGAGAGAGAGAGAGAGAGAGAGAGAGAGAGAGAGGAAAGAUUCCAUAUCGUCGUCGUCUCAUGGUUUUGGUGGGAAUCUUCGCAGAUACACGACGGCGGCGGGGAGGGAGGUGCUGGCGGAGAUAAAGACGGGAGACGUGAUACGGUCCGCGAAGCUGGUGCAAGGGCGGGACCGCCUGGUGCUCCCGAGUGAGAGCUGA